AUGCGUUCAAUCGUGCUCGUUGCGUUCCGAAUCUGGCCACCAGCAGAACAGGAGAGGGCUGGUGACAAGCUAGAAGCUGUUGAUCGGCAUGAUGGAGGGCCCGCCUUACGAUCUCCGUGCGAGGGCUCAAAAGCUUGGCGAGAUGGAAGAGAAGCAGGAACACGUCCAAAGAAGCGGACCCUGAGCGACUUGCAGAUCAAUUUAUGCUGUUUGCUGCAGACAAGCGGUCGACUUGAUCUGCGUCUCUCAUGA